GUGUUGAUGGAUUUCAUACUUAUAAUAUUGGAAGUUUGGCAAAAAGAAGUAACCAACCUUUAUUUUUAACAAAAGCAAUCAUUGAAUUAUUAAAUCAAGCUGAAAUUGAAAUUGGAGGUAAACAAGCAAUUGUAAUUGGGUGUAGUGAUGUAAUUGUUAAAAUUGGAGAUAUUAUUGUUGUGGCAAUUGGAACCCAAAAUUUAUACAAGAUACUAGUAAAAAAUAUGGUGAUAAGAUGGGUAGGAGAUGUAGAUUUUGUUGGUGCAUCAAAAGUAGCAUCUUAUAUAACUCAAGUUCCUGGUG